UAUAACUUGGAUUGUCAAGUUCAACAUUUGUGUUAGUGUCUAAGUCUAGUGAUAAUUAACCAUUAUAAAUAACAAUAAUAAAUUUAAUGGAUAUUAAAUUAUAUAAAAAAAUGUAUUUUAAUUAUUAGACUCUAAAAUUAUUUAUAAAUACGUGGAUAAUUUUAUUGACGGCUGGAAAGUUACCAUUUAAUUUAAGAAGUGAAGGGAAUGGGACAGAAGUGACUUUGGAGUCACCGAUCAUCUGUUAUUUGUUUGUCUACGUCGUUAUUAUUAAACAAACCAUAAUAUUUUAUAAAAUUGGGAAUAAUAACCAACGACAAUAAAACGAGUUGAUAAAUUCGCUAUGAGUUUUAAGAUAUUUAAAGUAUAUAUAUAGUCAUCUAACAAGAGGCAUGGAUCAGUAUCAUGAUAUGAAUGAUAAUAUUAAUAUAAGUGAUGUCAUUGAAGUGAUUCAAACAACGGAUCCAGAAUUUGUCGAGGAGGCUAGAUGUCGGAAUCAACAUCAACAGCAACAGCAACAACAAACUUUGAAUAUGUUAUCUGGUGGUGGAGUAGAGACGGUAAAACCAGUUCUUGCUGGUAACACAUCAAGCAGGGUUGGAUCAUAUGUUGAAAUAAUAGAACAACCCGCGAGUAAGGCCCUUCGAUUUCGAUAUGAAUGUGAAGGUCGAUCUGCUGGAAGUAUACCAGGUGUUAACAGUAUACCUGAAAAUAAAACAUUUCCUAGUAUAAGAAUAGUGGGAUAUAAAGGACGAGCAGUUGUCGUAGUAUCAUGUGUAACGAAAGAUCCACCGUACAGACCUCAUCCACACAAUUUAGUUGGUAAAGAAGCAUGCCGACGUGGUGUUUGUACCCUGGAGAUAUCUUCGGAAAAUAUGACUGUGACUUUUGCAAACUUGGGGAUUCAGUGUGUCAAGAAGAAAGACAUUGAAGAAGCACUGAGAAUCCGGGAAGAAAUUCGUGUUGAUCCUUUCAGAACUGGUUUCAGUCAUAAAAGACAACCCGCAAGUAUUGAUUUAAAUGCAGUUAGAUUAUGCUUUCAAGUAUUCCUUGAAGGAACUGAGCCAGGAAAGUUCACCGUGCCACUGACACCGGUUGUAUCAGAUCCUAUUUAUGACAAAAAGGCAAUGUCUGAUUUAGUAAUCUGCAAACUAAGUCACUACAGUGCGCCAGUAGCGGGUGGUAUGGAGAUGUUAUUGUUGUGUGAAAAGGUCGCUAAAGAAGAUAUUCAAGUACGGUUCACUGAAGAACGUGACGGUCAGAUUGUUUGGGAAGGAUUUGGUGAUUUUCAACCAUCACAUGUUCACAAGCAGGUAGCGAUAUCAUUCAGAACACCGACAUAUCGCAUCCAACAAGUAGAACAUCCAGUACAAGUUUACAUUCAGCUAAGAAGGCCCUCAGACAGCGCAACUAGUGAAGCACUACCGUUUCAAUUUUUACCACUUGGUGCAGAUGAUCCAGACUAUCUUAAACGAAAGAGGAAAAAACUUAAUAACAGUCCUAGCUUACUUGUACAACAAGUACAAGCUGAAGUUAAUCAACAUGGAGUGGGAAUUCACAAUCAUCAAAUGCAAUACAACUUUAAUCUUAUAAAACCGGAACCAACGGACAGUUUGUACCCCUCAAUGGCAGGAGGUUCAUCUUCACCAAUGUAUCCAGUUGGUAGUCCAAUUUCACCAUCUAAUUUACAUACUUUAAGACAAAUAAGGUCUCCAAGACGCACACCAUCGCCUAUGGGUCCUUCCUACUCAAUGCAACAGCCACAGACUUUAACUCCACAGUACCAUUCACCAUCGGGCCAUGCUAGCCCUAAUUUACCAGCUCAGUUGAUGUAUAAUCAAUCGAUAUCAUUAAGUAGAGUUACACCCGAACCAUCUCAAGAUGUUCCAGGAAUAAACCAUCAAGGAUUCCACAAUCCCUUGGUUAAUGCUGAAAAUGUUAACAAUCUACUUGACUUUGGAAUUAACCAAUGUAGUUUUGACAUAAACCAAUUGAGCGGCAGUUUGAACCCCCUCGACUCAGAUGACUUGGCAGUACUGGGAAAUGCAUUUACUGAAAGUUUUUCUAGCGGUUUAUCAUUAUCAGAUUCCCAAAAUAAGGUAAUCAAAUAAACCCAAUUAAAUAUAUAUUAAAACCCAAGCAUGUAAAAAACGGAAGUUUUAUAAUGAUGAUGAAAUAAAAAGCCCCAAGAUAAAAAUAAUAACCAAUUAAUUCUUUUUUUAGGCCCAAAAAGUCGAACCAAAUGCUGCAGGGGAAGGCUUAAAUAUGACCGACAGUUUCACCAAAUUAACCAAUAGCACCAUACAAGAACUCUGUACUCUAAAUAAUCUAUACAAACCCAUGCAAGAAUAAUAAUACUAUUCAUAGAUAUAUUAUAUACAUAUAAUAUAGCAAAAAUUUUAAUAAUUUGAUACUACAUCAAAAAUGUACUCAUCUGUUAUUUUAAGAUCUCAUUGUGUCAAUCUUUAAAUAACGAGAUUUAUAACGAUAAUUGAUAUUUUUCAUGAGAUUAAUAAUAAUAAUAAUAAUACUAGAGUGUUAAAUUUGUUACUAAUUUUAACACAAAAAAUUAGUCUUCUAUAAAGCUCAUGCUCAUGACAAUUUUAUUUAUUACUUUGAUUUUAAAUAAAUCAGUUAUUACCAAAGUAAUAAUAAUUGAGAUGUAUAGAAGUAAAAUCUAUCCAAAAUUGCAUUACAGGGCAGGACCCUUUCAAAAUUAUCUUAUAAAGAAAAUAAAAAAAAAAAUUAUUCUCGUGAUACAAUGCAAGUACAACUAAAAAUAAUUUUUUUAGCUCUAAAAUUAAAUAAAAUAACUACAAACAUACAUACCAAUGUCGUAGUUACUAAAAAUAAAUAAUAAUAUACACUGUAGUUUUAGUUUUAAAUUUAGAAAUAAAAAUUGUACAUACUUUAUUAUUAAUUUCUAUCUGCUGUAAAAAAAUUUUAUAAUUUAAUAAUUU